UUAUAUAGCACAUUUCAUACAUGAAUGCAAUUUUAACAUCCUGACAGACAAACAGAUACAGCUAUAUAUGCAGUACAACCCGUUGUGAGAGGAUCCAUUCUGUUUGACACAGCUCAGUUGGCUACUGUGUGUAGAGUAGAGUGCAGACUGUGUGUGAGUGUAAGAAUCAGUCAUCAACAUGAGACUGAGUUACACCUGUGUGUUCCAGCCACCGCCCGACAGUCUGACAAUUAAAUGGAUGGACUAUUGCUUUACUUUUCAAUGUGAUGAAGAGACGCAGCUGGUCAGUGGUAAGGUCAGCUCUAUUAAUACAACAGAAGCGCUUCAUUGCCUUAAUUAUGAUGGGCCGACAGCAACUGCUGCGUCUUGUUUCAGAGUAAUGGAGCAGGAUGUUUAGACACAUACAAACUCAAGCAGCUAGACUCAAAUUAGGGGUCGGCUGGAGCUCUUGGGGGGUCGUCCCGUAACCACUAGGUAGCAGGUUCGAUCCCCACUGCUCCUUAAUAACUAAGGAUGGGUCAAAUGCAGAGAAGAAUUUCCCCAUAGGGAUAACUAUAAGUGAAAGAGAAGUUGGCGAGAUGCGGGAAGUGCAAGAAAGCCUUCUACUGCAAUGUGAAAUGCCAGAAAGAGGACUGGGCCAUGCACAAGCUGGAGUGCUCUGCCAUGAUUGCAUUCAAAGAGAACUGGUGCCCUUCAGAGAUAUGUCGCCUUGUGGCUCGGAUCCUCGCCAAGAAGGUUGGCCAGUUAAUAAAAAACAAUGUAUGGCACAUUAUUCUGUUUAUAAUCAUGCCUCUUUUUCCACAGAAAACAAUGAAAGAAAGAUGUGCUUCGGAGAAUAUCUUACUCAUAGAGGAGAUACAAUCACACAUGGAGGACGUAGAUAAUGAGAAAAGAGAGAUGCACGAGGCAGAUGUUGCCAGACUGCAUCGUUUUUUCUCCAAACAUUUGGAGUUUCCUGACCAUAAAGACCUUCUCACACUCUUCGCCCAGGUUGCCUGUAAUGGUUUCACUAUAGAGGACGAUGAACUGUCCAACAUCGGUACUGCAAUCUACCCAGAUGUGGCACUGAUCAACCACAGCUGUUGUCCCAGCGUCAUAGUCACAAAUAACGGGACGUCAGCGGAGGUUCGGGCGGUGCAGAACAUGAAGCCUGGAGAUGAAGUGCUCAUCAGCUACAUAGACGUCCUCUUUCCGACAGACGACCGCAACAACAGGCUGAGAGAGUGCUACUAUUUCACCUGUGACUGCCAGGACUGUAACAACAUGUCCAAGGACAAAGAAAAGUUGAAAGUACGCAAGCAGAGUGACCCCAUCGAGCCAGAGGUCAUCAGCAACAUGGUGCGGUACGCCAGGAAAACCAUCGGAGAGUUCCGGGCUGUGAAACACACAAAGACCCCUAGUGAGUUGCUGGAGAUGUGUGAACAGAGUCUGGAGAAGAUGGGAGCCGUCUUUGAUGACGCCAACGUCUACAUGCUGCACGUGAUGUACCAGGCCAUGGGGGUCUGUCUCUACAUGCAAGACCCGGACGGAACGCUCAGAUACGGCGAAAAGAUCAUCAAACAUUACAGAAAGCUGUAUCCAUCCUACUCUUUGAAUGUGUCCUCCAUGUUUCUGAAGUUGGGUCGUCUGUACAUGGGCCUAGAGAGGCGCUCAGCGGGGGUCAGCGCUCUCAAGAAGGUAACUGUUUUCAAUAUGCAGCGUCACAGUUUCGGUUGGUACCCAAAACCGAGGUUCAAUAUACCAGUAACUACGAAUCACGGACAUACUUGCAUGUUGUAUAACGCUGUACAAUUGUUUGUUUACACAGGCAAUGGCCAUAAUGGAGGUGGCUUAUGGGAAGGAUCACCACUACAUGACAGAGUUGUGCAAAGAGAUGGCAUAAAAAUGAGGAGUAAAGUAAAGAAAUGAUGGAACAUGGCUGGCCCCAAGGGACUGCAUGCACUCCUUUGAUUUGGAUCUUUAAGAUAAGAUAAGAUAUAUACUUUAUUAAUCCCCAAGGGGAAAUUAGUUCUCUGCAUUUAACCCAUCCUUAGUUAUUAAGGAGCAGUGGGCUGCAGUGAUGCGCCCGGGAAGCAACUGGGGGUUCAGUGCCUUGCUCAAGGACACUUCGACUUGCUACUAAUGGGGAGAGCCGGGAUCGAACCGACAACCUUGGGGUUGCAGGACGACCCCCUUACCCCACUGAGCUACAGCCGCCCCCUUUACAGAACUGAAGGCACUUUCUAUUCUUUUUUUUGUACUGAAGCAGAAAGAGAGCAUUUGUGUUCAUAUGCAAAGUUUAAUGCAAUAAAAGUAUUAUGGAAUUUCGGGAUAUCGGACUCAUCAGUGUUUACAUCAGUGUUGUGUAUCCAGUCAUAUUAGUUUGUUGAAUGCAAGAUAUGUUUGUACCAAGCAUGCAUUAAAUAAUAAAUGUGAAAAUCUGA